UGAAAGUGCCAGAUACUUAGGUAUCCUGAUAGAUGGUGAUGGGAAAAUAAAAUCACAAAAGAAUAAAAUAUUAGAAUUUAGCAGAACAGCAGCAGCAAUUGCUAGGAAAAAAUCAAUUACUGAAUUACAAGUGACAUAUUUAUUCAAUAAAGUGGUAAUACCAGCAAUAGAAUAUAAAUUACAACUUUGUAUAUUAUCAAAACAAGAAUGUAUUCAAAUAAUGAAACCAUUUUUACAACUAUUUAAAGUGAAAGCUAAAUUAGUAAGAUCAUUCCCAACAAGUGCAAUUAAAAAUAUAAGAUUAUACAAUUUAACAGAUUUACAUAACCUGCAAACACAACACCAUGUAACAAAAUUAAUAAUUAGGUUAAAUAACAAAGGGCUUAUGGGUGGUACAACUAACAUAAGAUUACUAGAUCUACAAAAUAAGAUAUGGAGCGAUAAAUGCAUAUUGCAACAUAUCCCGACAGAUCCAAUACCAAGAGGUAUAAACCUAAUUUAUGAUAUAUUGCAGCUAGCAAAAGACUCUGCCAUCACGUUUUGUAAUCAUGAAACAAACGACAAUACACAUUCAUUUAACAGUGAAUCAUUGACAAUUAAAGAGAUUCUUAACAAUUAUAAACUAUUUAAGCAAGGCCUAACUUUCCUGCAAAAAUACAACAUUAGGUUUAUUGAACAAUUAAUAUUAACUGAUGGCAUUACAUUAAUAAAGUGGCCACAUUUAAAAUCAAAAGUAGGUGCCAAAUUAGUGGGUAAAAAACCUAAUUGGUUCAAAACACUAGAAAAUAAAUUGCUAAGUAAUACACUAACUAGAGUCAUCAUACCAGAACAUAGAGUAAUGAUAGAUGAUACUAAAGAAAGCUACCACAAAGACAAAAAAUACUUGAUCUUACAACACCAUGAAGAAGUUAAAUCAAUAUCAGCCACAACUUCACCUAGUACAGAAACAUGGCAAUCACCAAAAUUAAACCAAUGUACAGGUUGUUCACUAGAUGAAAACCAUAUUGUAAAUAUGUAUCACAAUCAGAGAAAACAAUGUCAUAUAAUGGUACAUGAUGAUAAAACAAUCAAGAUACCACAUAUGAGACAAAAUAAUUAUAUUACAAAAUUUCACGUUCAAUCAACAAAAAACGAAAUUGAAAAUCAAAUUAAGAAUAAAUACAGGUGGAGCAGUAGCACAAGUGAACAUAAUCAAUCAAUAACAGUAGAAACCCAAUUACCCAAAGGAAUAAACUACAUUAGAAAUUUAUUUAAUAGUAAUGAAAUAACAGAACUACUAAUCAAUACAUAUGAAAAAAAUAUGAAUGAACCAUCGGAAGAGUAUAGUUUUUAUACUGAUGGAUCAGUAAAACAAAUAGGAACAUUAAAUGCAUGUAGUGGAAUUGCUUGGUUACAAACAACAGGAGCAGCAAAAGGUACAAUAUUUAAAGCUCAAAUUCAAAACUGGCACUCUUCACUAAAAGCAGAAAUGAUGUCAAUAUUUAGUGCAAUAUUAACAGUCCCUGAAAAUAAUUCAAUAAAUAUUUAUACUGAUAGUCUAUCAUUUAUUAAUAAAUAUAAUGCACUGAGUAAGAUGGAAGAGGGAAAUAACAUUAGAAAUCAUCUGAAACAGAAAUAUAAUGACCUAUGGUUGACAAUAAUCAAUUAUAUAAAAGAGGGAAAUUUAGACAUAAAUUUUAUAAAAGUUAAAGCACAUAAACAAGAACACUAUAACAAUUUAGUAGACAAAUUUGCUAAAGAAGGAACAACUAGCACUAAUCUUGAAUACAAG